CUUACCUGAGGCCUGUUUUUGGUGCUUAAAACUCGCUUGCACGUCUCUUAACAUACGGGACUCCCUAUAUAUUUGAAUCGAUCUCCUCCGCCAGUUCAGUUACCCUCUAUCUGUUUCUCAGUUUCAAUCUCCAACUCCCAAGAAUUACCCAAUAUGUAGUUUUUUCUCUCCCACCUUUCGGAGCUUAUUUCUAUCCCGUUUUGUUUUCCAUCGUAGGACCAUAUAUUUCUCAUGUCAGGUUUACAUGUUUUUCAGGCCUUGGCAUGGAUUUGAAUUCCCGAGAUAUCGGUCAUUUCCCUAGAAUUCAAAGUUCCUUUUAUGGUAUUCUUUUAUGGCUGCUGAGACUUUGAAAUUGUAGACUUUGAUAGGUUUCACUCCUUUAUUGCUUUUUAAUUUUUACGUUGCAGAGAAAACGUCAACCUUGUCAGAACUUUUUUCCUCCAAACUAGUGUAGUUUGGUAUUCUUCCGUUCAGGCUAUUGUUGAGUUUGUCAUUUUUGGCUUUCUCGCAAGGUUCAAGAAAUGGCAAUUAACCUAUACUCCGAAAGCUCUAAUACGGCUACGAGUCCUAGGAUUUCAUUUUCUCAUGAUUUUUGCCAACUCGAUGUUGUACCCGUUGAACGCCGCCCUCUUCGAUCAAACUCCUCGGGUUUGGGCUCGAGCAUCGAUUUCGACUUCUGUGUCCACGAGAGUUUCGAUCAAGAGUCUUCUUCUGCAGACGAGCUUUUUUCUGAUGGGAAAAUGAUUCCUACUGAAAUCAAGAAAAAGGGGAACGCUCCCUCAAAGCAAAUGGAUCAGUACUGCGGUUCUCAUCCUCCAAUGCUCCCACCACGUGCUAUGCGUGGAAGUAGUGCUGUUAGUGGUGAAAGUUCAAAGCAAGAAAGCACCAAGGAAAGCAAGACUACGAUUAAUGAAGCGGAUGAGAAGCAAAAUUCCAAGUCAUUUUGGCGGUUUAAGCGUAGUAGUAGCUGUGGCAGUGGAUAUGGUAGGAGCUUGUGCCCAUUACCGGCACUUCUCUCGCGGAGCAACUCAACAGGAUCUGCAGCAAAUCUUAAGCGAGCUCCAUUUUCGAAUGAUGGUCAAAAUUCUAAGCAGAGUUCUCAGAAACAUUUAUCAACAAAAGCGUCAAGAUCUUCUGUUUCAACGAGUUAUCCAAAGCCUCCAUUGAAGAAGGGUCAUGGAGCAUAUGGUAAUGGUGUUGGGAUUAAUCCCAUUUUAAAUGUUCCUUCGACUAAUUUAUUCGGCUUAGGUUCAAUCUUCUCCAAUGGCAAAGACAAGAACAAGAAGUGAUUGAUCACCUUAAUUUGCUCUAAUGAUAUGAUAAUUCCUGCUUCCAUAACUUUGGCAGAUAGUGUGGAUUGAGUCAUGAUCUUUAAUUUCCUAUAUGUUUCUUGAUAGUCCAUGUGAUUAGGAAAUUAAAAAUACAUCUAGAAUGUGAAAGAGUAAUCAGUUUAUCGAGAAAACAAAUAGAGAAAGAGGUCUGUGAUGGAAGAGACAAGGAACGGCAUAAUUCAAGCGCACAUGCUUUUGAACACUAGAUGACAGGUAACGGUUGCUUUCAUGGCUGUCCCAUGCUGUUCUUCUUUAUAUGCUUUUGGUAUUUGCUCACACAUGGUGUACAAGCUUUGAUUUGGCUCCCUUAUCUCUUGCUCUUUACUUGAAGAGUGAAGAGUAGGAUUAGGUACGUACGUAGUCGGUUGUAAGCGAUCAGGAGUGUUUGAUGCAUGACAGAUGAUGCAUAUAUUUGUUUUCUUUUGUUCUUGUUUUGAUUGGUUUUCUAAUAAUAAUGACUUCUUUCCUCUUAA